GCGAGCACGAGGUUAGUCCUGUUCAUCCUGGUUGAGAGGUGUCUCCGCGUGGACGAAGAUUUUUUGUUUUUUUUCUGAAUAAACAUGAAAUCAUCACAGCUAGAGGAUGCCACCACAUAACUGAAGGUCAAAACCUCUUAGAGAGAUGGAGGGGCCCGUGGAGGAGAGAUUGUGUGGGAAAAUGAAGAUUGGCUGUGGUUUGCACAGAUACAACCUGAGAGAUGUUUUCACAUGGAGUCUGCUGAAGACUAUACUCAUGGGUCAGGUCCUCUCCCUGCUGAUAUGUGGGACUGCAGUCAGCUGUGAGUACCUGACUCGUGCCAAAGUGGAGACGCCCAUGCUGCAGAGCUUCCUCAACUACGGCCUCCUGCUGUUCACCUACACUACACACCUUAGCACUCGCACAGGUGACAGGAACAUCCUACAGAUUUUAAAAACCAACUGGUGGAAGUAUUUGGGGAUGGCUAUAGCAGACGUUGAGGCGAACUACGCAGUAGUGAAGGCGUACCAGUUUACCACGCUGACAAGUAUACAGCUGCUGGACUGCUUUGUGAUCCCGGUGCUGAUGUUACUUUCUUGGUUUUUCCUGAAGACUCGAUAUCGGGUGGUCCACUUUGUAGCUGUAGCAGUGUGUUUGUUGGGGGUGGGGGCCAUGGUGGGAGCUGACAUUCUGGCUGGAAGAGACCAGGGAUCCACCAGUGAUGUACUGUUGGGCGAUGGGUUGGUCCUGCUCAGCGCCGUCCUCUACGCCAUAUCCAACAUGUGCCAGGAGCACACAGUGAAGAACUUGAGCAGAGUUGAAUUCCUGGGCAUGAUGGGCCUGUUUGGGACUCUCAUCAGCGGCGUACAACUCGUUGUGCUGGAAACUCGUGCAGUAGGAGAAAUCAAGUGGGACGUUCACAUCUCCAUGCUGUUUGUAGUCUACACCUUGUGCAUGUACGCUUUAUACAGCUUCAUGCCUAUAGUGGUGAAGAUGACGAGCGCCACAGCAGUGAACCUCUCUCUGCUCACCGCUGACCUCUUCAGCCUCUUCUGUGGCCUCUUCCUCUUCAUGUACAAGUUUUCAGCCCUGUACAUCAUCUCAUUUGUCGUCAUCACCGUGGGUUUUAUCAUGUUCAACGCUGUCCCGACGUACUCAGCUUUACCCGAAGAGCCUGCCGAAGCAUCUGAUGACCCCAUGGCUCAAAGCUCCUCAGACCACCUGCUGCUGUCUGCAGACAGUGACACUCAGAGAACUGAGACACUCACAGCCAACGAUACACCAUGACUGAAGAGUGACAUGUUUGGUUUUUUUUUUCCUACUGUAGGUCAGUGGAUAAAGGCCAGUUUUACUCUUUUUACUUCAGUAUUGUUACAGAAGUUGAGCUUUUAUGCACUAAGCCAGAGACUACCUGUGUGUGGCACUUUGCAUUUUGUGUAUCCAGAAAAAGACUUGAAAGAAUAUUGUUGUUGUAGAUUUCCUAUAAAUGAAGCCUUAGCUCAACGCUCCACUUAGUCCCUCUUUUCCUUAUCCAAAAAUUGACAACAGUCCUUGAUAUAGUUUUUCAAUAUUUACUUCCAAAUGUCCAAACAGGUACACAGUAACUGAAUUCAGAAUGAUCAAAACUUACAAAGCUCACUUCAAAACAGAUGAAGAGAGAUUGAGAGGUCUAAAAACCGCGUGGCUCCACUCUCUUCUCGCCUAACUUCCUGUCUGCGCCAGACUAUUAGAAUAAAAGUAUACAUUUUAAGCACAACAAAUCAAACUGCCUCUAGGCUCCUACAGUUGUAUUGCCACAUUUUCAUUAAUGCUGUAGCAUUUUUAUAGAAUAUUGCCUGUUGCUUCCCUUGAAGUUGUCAGAGUUUUACAAAAUGGACCUAUUGUGUCUAUUUUCAGUUCCAUGUUUUUAUUCUUUAGCUUGGUGUGAUCCACAGUUCAGAAUCAUCCUUUGUUUUAAUCUUUUUAUGGGCGUUAGCACAAUGCUGUAUAAAUGAAAUUGGAUUGAAUUGAAUAGCACAGCCCUUCACUUCAUCCACUGUCUAAAACAAAGUGUUUAGGCUCCUCCCCAUUUAAGCCAGUUUUCUUCUGAUUGGUUGCCCCUCAGAAACAAAGUUGUAACAACUGGUAGGUGGAGCUUCUAUAUUCAGAGUCAUUGUAGUGUACCUGGGAUGACCAUGUUAGGAGCACCUCCACUGAUAAACAGAGCCUUAAUUUAGACUUUGGCUAUUUUUAAUUUGAGCAUAUUAACAGAAUAUCAUCACAGACAAAAGGAAAAACACAAUAGGUCCCCUGUAAGAUUUAUUUGGGGCCUUUUCUCCUUUAUUUAAUAAAAAGAGAAAAGGGGUUAAAGAGGGUGGGUCAGUUGACAUCAGCUUUCACUCCCGCUGCUGUUUAUUAUUUGAUUAUUGACUUCUUUAUCCUUUUUUUGUUUGUUUUCUUUUUUGUUUUAUAAAAUAUCACCAUAUUUCAUGUUUUGUUUUUGUUGUUGAUUUUU